AUGGACAUGGACAAAUAUCGGAUACACGAUCUAGAUGGGACAACCGAAGUCCGCCGUGGAGCCGCCGGACAGCCGAUGGCUAUAGAGAGUUGCAAGAAUAGCAACUUGUUAGUUCUCGACCACACGUCUACUAUAACCGUCGACGACUGUUCGGACUGCUUAAUAGUGUUAGCUCCUUGUGCUGGAAGGUGA